AUAAGUAUCUGGUAUUGGGUAUCUUUCUAGCUAUGUCAUCGUGUGCAUCGGCCUUCUUCGGCUGGGGUUCAGCAGAAGAACGCACUCCUGCUCCUCAGUACUUCUACCACAAGCGGCUCCUGCCGAGUUCAGGACCCGUCUACACGAUUGGAGGAAACGAGAGGCAACAAGUACCCUCCGUCCCUAUACAAGUACCCCUGCAAGCUCAGUUUGCGCCCCUACCAGGUGUCCACAACGUACAAUUGGUCCCCUGCCUGUGUCCCGUGUCGCAGGACUAUCCUUACGACCAGACCCAAACGGAAAAUAUCUACGUGAGUGCCGUUCCGGUGCAACAGAUUCCGUCGCAGCAACAGCUGCAACAACAGCCGUCGAAAGCAUAGGUUUAGUGAGGUUAGGUUUGAGCAGGAUCUGCAUUUUGUAAAUUUUCGGGCACGUCUGCUGCGAG